UUGAAUUCGAUCAGUUUGUCGAACAGCUAACACGUACGAUGAGCGGCUCGCCGGCAACGCCGGCGACGCAUGCGUGAUCGGCGGCCGGCGAGGGCGGUUCCCGCCGCCGCCAUGGAUGGCUCGCAUGGAUCGGCGGCGGCGCUCCGGGCGACGGGGCGGUGCCUCGCGCCGCUGAUCAUCCCGGCGUCCUGCGUCGUGUGGGUGCUCUUCUUCUUCCCCUCGCCGUCGCCGGACGUCGCCGUCCGCCGCGACGGCUUCCUCCCGGCCGUCACAUUGCCGGUGCAACGCGCCGGCGACACGCCGCCACCGCCGCCGAUCAUUGACGCGUCACCUCCACCACCGUCGACGUCGCCGCCGCCGCCGCCGCCGCGUCGAGGGCGUCCGGCGAGGAGGGACAGGUGCGCCGGGAGGUACGUGUACAUGCACGAGCUGCCGAGCCGGUUCAACUCCGACCUCCUCCGCGACUGCCGGACGCUGUCGGAGUGGACGGACAUGUGCCGCCACGUCGCCAACGGCGGGAUCGGGCCGCGGCUGCCGCCGGCGGCGCGCGGCGGCGUGCUCCCGGCGACCGGGUGGUACGACACCAACCAGUUCACCCUCGAGGUGAUCUUCCACGCGCGGAUGAGGCGGUACGGCUGCCUCACCGCCGACGCGUCGCGCGCCGCCGCGGUGUACGUGCCCUACUACCCGGGCCUCGACGUCGGCCGCUACCUGUGGGGGUUCAGCAACGGCGUCCGCGACCUGCUCGCCGAGGACCUCGCCGAGUGGCUCCGCGGGACGCCGGCGUGGGCGGCGCACGGCGGGCGCGACCACUUCCUCGUCGGCGGCCGCAUCGCGUGGGACUUCCGCCGCGAGGACGGCGGCGGCGAGGGGAGCCAGUGGGGGAGCCGCCUCCUCCUCCUCCCGGAGGCGAUGAACAUGACGGCGCUCGUCAUCGAGGCGAGCCCGUGGCACCGCCGCACCGACGUCGCCGUGCCGUACCCGACCUACUUCCACCCGUGGCGCCCCUCCGACGUGUCGUCCUGGCAGCGCGACGCGCGCCGCGCGCGCCGCCCGUGGCUGUUCGCGUUCGCCGGCGCCGGGCGUGGCAACGGCGACGACCACGACCGACACCACGGCGGCGGCGUCGUGCGCGACCGCGUCAUCGCCCAGUGCGCGCGGUCGCGGCGGUGCGGGCUGCUCCGGUGCGGGGCGCGCGGGAGGCGCGACGACUGCUACGACCCGGGGAACGUGAUGCGGCUGUUCAAGAGCGCUGCCUUCUGCCUCCAGCCGCGGGGGGACUCGUACACGCGGCGGUCGGUGUUCGACGCCAUCCUCGCCGGCUGCGUGCCGGUGUUCUUCCACCCGGGCUCCGCCUACACCCAGUACCGGUGGCACCUGCCGCGGGACCACGCCGCCUACUCGGUGUUCGUCCCGGAGGACGGCGUGCGCAACGGCACGGUGAGGCUGGAGGACGUGCUCCGGCGGGUGAGCGCGGCGAGGGUGGCGGCGAUGAGGGAGCAGGUGAUCAGGAUGAUACCCACCGUCGUGUACAGGGACCCCCGGGCGCCGUCGGCCCGCGGGUUCACGGACGCAAUCGACGUCGCCGUCGACGGCGUCAUCGAGAGGGUCAGGAGGAUCAAGCAAGGGCUCCCUCCCGGAGGCGACGACGACGACGACCACCGGUGGGAUGCCUACUUCGACACGCAGUGAAUGAUGCGUUGCUCGAUUUUUUUUUUUUGGUUUGAUUUUGUAGGCAGAGAGGAGGAUGAAACUGAAAUGGUAGAGAAUUUUAGAAUUUUUUGUUUGGAAACAAAUCGAUGUAGUUCAAAAAGAAAGUUUAAGAGGAUUUCAAUUCAAAACAGAGCAAUUUUUGGGCCUAUCCAAAUACUUAUAUUCAUGUCAUUACAAAUCAUACCAUUAUUAAAUAAAAAAUAAUAAUUAUGUGGUUGUAUUUA